AACAUAAUUUCACAGACAAUUUCAAAUAUCGUUAACAUCCCCUUUAGUUUAAUUACAAAUCCAGUAGAUACAGAGCAGCAUUAGUUAUGUUUCCUGACUCAGACUUUAUGGCUCUAUAUACAUCAGCUGACAUCCCUCCCUUGUUAUUACGGCUUUUGGAGGAUUCCCAACAAUCGAACAUUAUUGUGUGAUAGAAGAGUGGUCUCUCAAGAUGGAGCAGUGUCUGACUAAUGCAGUUUUGAAAAAGCAGCUAACCCAGCUCACUGUCUCCGUGUGCGUCUGUGUGUGUGUCUGUGUGUGUCUGUGUGUGUCUGUGUUGACUUUAAUGCUGAACAGUUGAGAUGCAACUCAGACGAAUCAUCCAUUUUGGACGGCCAAGCCACCGGCAGCCAGUUUGGCUUAUCCCUGUCGCUCUAGGGCCCCAUUUGGCUCCAACGCCACACCAACUGUGGCAUCGUCUGUGGCCAUCACCACCCUCCCUCCAUCCCCCUGAUUGUCUCUCCACAGCUUCUCACCUUCUCUCUUUUUCCAUCCUUCCCACCCUCCUCCCUUUAAUAAUCCCCCGUCCCUGGGGUCCUCCGCCCAGGUGAGAGGGAUCUAAACAGUCGUUGUCAUGGUAAGCUGCCAGCAGGAGCCCAAACACACCUGAUGAUGCAGGUUCAUCAUUUCUUUCACCUUCUCUUCCAUCUGUCGCUCGCUUUCCACUCGUCUUUCCCCACCCUGCAAAUCCUCCUCUUUCUCCAUCAGCACAAUCUGCUUUGUGUUCCCCUUGCCACUCCCCGACUUGCUCUUUGUUUUUCCUCCUGCCUGCACAGUGUAACCCAGAAAAACGACAGUUCAGGACCCGGAUAGUAUCUGGGCUCACUGGCCCGUGAUGACAUUGACCAGACACAACUUCCCUGCCCCCCAUCUGACAGCUUGCCCUCGAUCCAGACACCCAUAUGUGCACAGGCGUGACACACACAUGGUCAGCAAAAUAACACUGAAUUCACCCCAGAAAACAGGCUUAUGUGGUCUGUUGCCCCGAAAGCUGCUGACCUUGCUAUAGUGCACUAAGAAGGACGCAACCAAAUCCUUCACAGUCCCCUGGUUUACACACAAACACACACACACACACACACACACACACACACACUCACACACAGACACACUCUGUUCCCCUCAACUGUCCUGCUUUUCUUCAGCGACAGUCGGGUUAAAUCCAUUCUGACGGGUCAGGCUCCUCUCACUGUCAGGCCAAGCUGUCGAGGCCACUGUCACUGUGAGAGAGACCACAUAUGUUGUGUCUGAACGCGUGUGUGCAUGUGUGUGUGUGUGUGUGUGUGUGUGUGUGUGUGUGUCUGUGUGUUAACCAGGGGGCAGUGGGAGGCGAGUGUGAAUUAAGCAGCAUGUGUGAGGUCCGUGAAGCUGUGGAGAGUAAAACAACGUGUUGUUCCUCCGAGGAGUUGAGGACAGGUGCGACUCCAGCAUCAGGCUGUUAGAGGUGCUCAGCCUCUAAUGAUGAAACGUGUGAUGGGUUCAGUGGCUCAUUGGAGGAACAAAGGCUUCAUGUGAAUAUAUACUGCGAUAGAAUAAUCUCUUCAAAAUACACAUCUCACGUCAACAUAAAUAUUACAAGAGAAAUAUGGAGAAUAUCCCUUAAAUGUUUGAAAGUCAUUCACACUAACUUGAAGUGUAUCUCCAAGUAGUUUUACACACACAAACAAUUUGCUGUGGUGUGUUUGUGCAAGAAUAAAUAUAUAAAUAGGUACAAAUCUUACAAACUCUUAAAAGGAUUAUGCAAUGUGAAGGAUAGAUGUUUACAAUCUGAAGUACAGAAUGUAAAGUAUGACAUGAAUUAAAGAUAUUUUGAGGGCCCUCAGCCCAAAGUUAAGUUAAGUUAAGUUACUUUAAGUUAAGUUAGUUAAGGGACAAAUCAACAGCUGUGUCCCUUAGUGUCAUAAGGGACACAGGACGCUCUCCUCUAAGGCAGGUCCACCACAGACUGGUCAGAACCUGUGUGUGUGUCCCUGACAUCCUGGGGCCCAGUCGGGGUCUUUCCUCCUGAUCCAGAGCCAUCGGCUGCGUCACAAUGAUUCAUUUGAAUUGACACAGCUCAGUGGUCACGGAUUUAACCCAAAAAACCCUUAAAGUCUAUAAAUAAAGAUCAUUGUGUGUGUUUCAGUGCAGAACUGUAGUAACACAUAUCAGCACACUUCACAUCACUCACUGGUUUGUGAUUCAGCUGUUCUGAAACCACGACUGGAGCAUUUUGUCCUGCGCCAUCGUGGUUUUCUGAAACCAGAAGUAACCGUAACUGCCUGUCCUCAUGUUCUCCUGGAUUCAAACUGUACAUGGUUGUGAAAUUGAAGAGCUCCCUCCUGAGGCCCCCCCGCUGACUCAUAACGAGCACCAAUCCGUACAAAUCUGGGAGCUUCAUGAGUGUGUGCACAUAACCACCACUCCACCUCUGUGUGUGUGUGUGUGUGUGUGUGUGUGUGUGUGUGCGUGUGCAGCACCAUGCUGUGGACGGUGCUACUAGCGCUGCUGGUGCUUCUGUUGCUGCAGACUCAGCUGUCUGUGUGCUUAAGGGAAUUACGCACCGGGGGUUCCAGCUCCCCUGCCUACUCCUCUUCAUCCUCCUCUUCCUCCUCCUCUCACAAUGCCACCCAGCAGCGGCUGCCCGGAGCCAUCAUCAUCGGCGUCCGGAAAGGUGGCACCAGGGCCCUGCUGGAGAUGCUCAACCUGCACCCGGACGUGGAGGUUGCAAAGGCCGAGGUGCACUACUUCAACAUAGAGGAGCACUUCCGCCGAGGCCUGGCCUGGUACCGAGCCCAGAUGCCCCUCACCCUCCCUGGUCAGCUGACGGUGGAGAAGACCCCCGGCUACUUCGCAGCUCCUCAGGCCCCUGCGCGGGUCUGGGACAUGAAUCCCUCCGUCCGCCUCAUACUCAUCGUGCGGGACCCGGCCGAACGACUGGUGUCUGACUACACCCAGGUCCUCCACAACCGCCUGACCCGCCACAAGCCCUACCUGCCUCUAGAGGAGCUCCUGCUGCACAAGGGCCACAUCGACACCGGGUACAAGGCGCUGCAGAGGAGCUUGUACCACCAGCAUUUGGCUCGCUGGCUGGAGGUCUUCCCCAGGGAGCAGAUCCAUGUGGUGGACGGUGACGCGCUCAUUCGAGAUCCUUUUCCCGAGCUUAGAAAGGCCGAGAGGUUUCUGGACCUGCCGCCCAGGAUCAGCCCCAACAACUUCUACUACAACACCACCAAGGGCUUCUACUGCCUCCUGUCUGCAGGACAUGACAAGUGCCUGGACGAGUCCAAAGGCCGACCGCACGCGCCCCUGAGCGCCCAGGCCUUCAAGAAGCUCUGCCGAUACUUCAGGAAGCCCAACAAGUUGUUCUUUGAAAUGGUGGGCCGGUCGUUUUCCUGGUGCUGAUCAGAGAUGCUGUGGAGACACCAGACACAUUCAGGGACUGAGAGGGAGAGAGAGAACUGUUGUUUGUGUGUUUUUUGUCGGUAGAUGAGUGGAGAGAAGUUCUGAUGAAGUCCCUUGUUGUUCAUAUACCUGCUCAGGUUCUAAUGAGGCCAACAAUCGUGGCCCAAACGUGUGUGAAGAUGUUUGGAGAAUUCAAACUGCUGUUGGUGAACAUGACUCCAACAAGACUUUUACCACGACCAUGCCGGUGCCUCCCUGGACAAAGCUCUGACGGCCGUGCCAAACCACAAGUCUGAAACUGAGAGAUACCUGCUGUUACAAGAGCAUGUGCACAAUCGACAAGUGAUGGAAAUAGAAAUAGACGAGGGGGGGAAAAGAGGAAAUGAUUUGUUGCACUAAGAACUCUACAAGCUUAAAAAAAUCAACAUCAACAAUUUCCAACCGGAACUUUCAUUUUUCUCGACAGCUGUUUGUGUUAGGAAUAAUGUUUGAGUUCAGUCAAUUUACUUCAUUCUUCUGUCAUUUUACUGGGUUGAGUUUUAGAUAUUUGGUGAGAAUUUCUUAUCUCUGAGGUCUAUUAACAGGUAGACACAUGUAGUACGUUGACUAGCUUGUGUUUCUUUUGAGUAUGUUCUUCUAAUAAAUGUGUUCAUUCCAA